GAAGUUCACGACUUGUUCCCAAAGUUUGCUCGCAAACGACGACAGGAGGAUAGUAGCUCGUCCGUGUCCCCGUGACCGCGUAGUAUCGUGAACUACCGCACGAAAAAAAGAUACCUUCUGCUAAAGUCUUCUCUCGAGGGAACAGUCCAACUCGUCGCCGGCUGAGAAUGGUUCAGAGGUUCUGCACUAGCGUGGCUGCGCUCAGCCUCGCCCUGAGUGCCUGCCUUGUUCUCCCCCGUGCCGUCAUGGCGAUCGACCUGAGUCGAUUCUACGGUCACUUCAACACCAAACGUACAGGAGAUGCAUGCCGCCCUUACGAGCCGUUCAAGUGUCCAGGAGACGGAAUCUGCAUCUCGAUUCAAUAUCUCUGCGACGGAGCUCCCGAUUGUCAAGAUGGAUACGACGAAGAUUCGCGAUUAUGCACAGCUGCGAAGAGACCACCAGUAGAGGAAACUGCUAGUUUUCUGCAAUCAUUGCUGGCAAGUCACGGCCCAAAUUAUCUUGAGAAAUUAUUCGGAACCAAAGCGCGGGAUACACUGAAACCUCUUGGUGGCGUGAACACGGUUGCUAUAGCGCUUUCUGAAUCUCAGACGAUCGAGGAUUUUGGUGCGGCCUUGCAUCUCAUGCGCUCUGAUUUGGAACAUCUGCGCUCCGUGUUUAUGGCGGUAGAGAACGGCGACUUAGGCAUGCUGAAAUCAAUCGGCAUCAAGGACUCGGAGCUGGGAGACGUGAAAUUUUUCCUGGAGAAACUCGUGAAAACCGGCUUUCUCGACUGAAUUGGCAUUUACACGGGACGCCGUUGCGGAGGCGCCAUAACAUUGGCUGUAUCGUAUAACAAUUGCACUAUCCUGUCGCUUUGAGAAGUUCUUUGGCAAGUCUCCUUUCGCUCGAAAUGAUCGUCCCCUACCUACGUCUUUCUUUCCUUCUUCCAUCCCUUUUCUUUUCCUCUUUUUGUCUCUCUCUCUCUCUCUC